GUGCUUCACAUUCCCAUCACAACAACUCAAACAACAGCAGUGAAACUUACACACACUUCCACCUAAAGUACCCACGGAGUCACUUUACCUUAUAAAACAACAUCCACAUGAAAGAGUCAUUCUUUAUGGAUAUCUGCUGAUUUUCCUGCGGCUGACCGUCUAGGAAUGACAAACACCGUGCUUUUAUUUCAUUUUCUAUACUUUGAGCUAUCUGGUGGUGGUUAUGCUAGUUAGCUAACGACAAGAUAAAGAUACAUUAACAACCAAAUAGCUUUGUUUUUUUCUUCUUCAUUUUUGUUCUCCAGAAAGUCGGUUUCACGAUGUGAAGGUCAUAUAAUCGCGUAUAACAGCGAUUCUGAGGUUUCAUUUGUGUAUUUUAUGUGAAGUUUAAUGUUAGCUCGUGCUAACAGCAUUAAUGACAGGGGAAUUGGCACCUUUGCGGAAGUUUGAAGAUGUUUUUUGGGAAUUUAAAGGAGAAACGGUGUUUAUGAGGAGGUUUGUGAGUGCUCUGAGGAGCUCUUUGUUCAAAGGAGGAAGAGGAAGAUGAGGAAGAGGAAGAUGAUGAAGAUCAGAUCAACAGGGAACUGAUUAUAAACGGACAGAUUGAGAAAAAUGCCCAGACGAAAACAGUCUAAUCCACAGCCGGUUAAAUUAGAGGCAGAAGAUGGAGUUGUGGUGGGCGAUCAAGGGAAUCUGGUGCUGGAGAGCGAUUUUCUCCUCGGACAAGACCUGGGAUUCGCAGAGAACGAUUACAGGAUCGUCGGUUUCGAGAGAGAUUCAGACUCGGUCACAGCAGACGUGGGUAUGCCGAUGUACGGCCUCAGCGAUGAAGACUACAACCACCUCGGUAUGGAGAGUGAUUUCGAGGACCCACGUGACACGGAGAGCGAGCGGGAAGAAAUGGGCCCCGACGCUCCCUUCGGCACCUACCUCACCUGCAGGCAGUGCGGUCAGCUCCUCGGAGAUCCUCUGAGCGGAGCCUUAGAUCUCACAGGCCUGUACUGCCUCCAAUGCGGGGCGGAGGGCGGAGACGCAGAACGCCAGGAUAAACAAGUCGAGGACGCCCACCCUGCUGACACGGCCCAGGAGAAAACCAAUCGGAGCAGAUCCGCAUCCAAUGGAAAGACUUACUCCUGCAAACUGUGCAGCUUUAGCUCACGCUACUCCAAUCACUUGAAGCGUCACAUGAAAACUCACAACGGCGAGAAGCCGUAUCAGUGCCCGCAAUGCACGUACGCCUCGGCCCAGCUGGUGAACCUGCAGAGGCACGUGCGCACACAUACGGGCGAGAAGCCGUACAAAUGCGAAUUUUGCACGUUUGCGUGCAACUCACUGGGCAACCUGAAGAGACACCAGCGCAUGCACACUCAGGAGAAAACGCUGAACUGUGACCAGUGUGACUUUCAUGCAAACAACAGCCACUCCUUAAAGAAACACAUGAUGAGCCACAAGGAAGAGAAAUCUACAGCCAUAGUAGAAGAAGCUGUCGUGUCUGAUCUCACUCUGCACAUCAGCACUGACCCUGACUUCCUCCAAAGCUACGACACCCUGCGGACGGACCAGCAACCACCCGCCCUGCUCGACACCCGAGAGUCCGACCCCCUGCCCGAGCUGCUGUUUCCCUUCACGUGCCGCGUGUGCGGGCUGGUCCUGGACGACGAGGAAGGAGCGGCGACGCAAAUCUGCAGUAACUGCCCGCUGGACGUGUUGUCCAAAAGCACCCCCGCCAGUCCGGAGAAAUGCGAUAAGUUGUACUCCUGCACCUCGUGCCCUUUCGUGACACAGUACCCUAACCACCUCGCCCGGCACAUGAAGACGCACAGCGGCGAGAAGCCCUUUAAGUGCCCGCAGUGCGAUUACGCCUCCGCUCACUUCGACAACCUCAAGCGCCACCACCGGGUGCACACGGGCGAGAAGCCGUACAAAUGCCGAGCGUGCGAUUACGCGUGCGGUAACUUGGCCAAUUUAAAGCGGCACGAGCGCAUUCACUCGGGUGCCAAGCCGUUUCAGUGUAACGUGUGCAGUUACAGCUGCAACCAGAGCAUGAACUUGAAGCGACACAUGUUGCGCCACACCGGCGAGAAGCCGUUUAAAUGCCAAGAGUGCGGCUACACCACAGGACACUGGGACAAUUACAAACGACACCAGAAGAAACACGGUCACACCGCCGAAGGAUGGAUCAAGAUGCAGCUACCGGAAAAAGAGGAAGAGGAGGAGGAAGGAGAAAUGUAGAGCCGUCUCUCUCGUCUGGUGCCUUAUUCAUACACGAGAAGUCCAUAAAGCAAAGAUGCAUAACGGCAGGGCGAAUUUGCUGUUCAUUCAUGUUGAAUUUUGAUUGUAUUUUCUACCUGUGUGAUUACACUAUAACAGCGCUACACAACCGGGCUUAAGAUUCAUAUUGAACUCAAAGAGCAAAUGUACUCAUCUUUGGGUGAAUCUCAUGAAGACAUGUCCGUGUCACAUUUCACUCCAGAAUCAGAAGAAAACAAAAUGUUACGUUUUCAAGUUUAAAUUAAAGGACACCACCAUUGUUAGAAAUAUAUACAGUGUUUUGCAUUACGAUAAUGCAUUUAUAUAACAUUACAAUUAUACAUAACGAUUAAUCGCGAUUAAUCUAUAGCAGAAUAAAAGUUUUUGUCUACAUUAUAUAUGUUUGAACUAUGUAUAAUAAUUAUGUAUAUAUAUAUAUAAAUAUGCAAACAUGCAUGUAUAAUUUUAAGAAAAAAUAUAUAUUUGUAUAUUAAGGAUUUAUAUAUAAUAAAAAUGAUACAUAAAUAUACAAAUGUAUAUACGCAUGUUAACAUUUCUUAAAAAUAUGCAUGCAUGUGUGUGCAUUUAUCUAUACAGAGUUAUUAUACACAGUUCACACACAUAUAUGAUGUAAAAAAACUUUUAUUCUGCUAUAGAUUAAUCGCAAUUAAUCGUUAUGCAUCCUGAUAUUAAUGUCAUGAUGCAAAUAUCUCAGUGGUGCAACACACAGAUUGUAUUUAUGCAAAAUAGUAUUUCUUUAGAUUUAAGGUUGAAAUGUGAAUCGGACAUGUUCUUCACACGGGCCGUGAUGGAUUUCUGACCUCAGUUUCCAGGCUCAGUCCGCAGCUGUAGUUUGUUGUUUGAUGAUUACACUGAAGAUGUCUGCCGGCUGCUAUCUUUCCUUAUGCACAAUGAUACAGUAACGUUGCCUUUUAUCGGUGUGUCGUUCUCCUCUUUACUGUAAAUGAAUUUCUGGGUGCCAAUGAAAAAUGCUGCACUGAUGGAGGAGCUGUUGAGCUUCAGCACACUUGAUGUUUAUCAGGGCAUUGUAGAGGAACACUUCAUCUCAUGAAGACUCUCUACAACUCUCUGGGUCGCAUUUUGCAUCCAAAAUAUAUUUUGCAUAAAUAAACCGAGGCCUGUUUUUAAGAUUAAUGCAAUGCAAUAUUAAAGCAUUAUGUUGAGCUUAAUGCAAAAAUUUUGUGAUGAGCAUCUGAUGGAAAAUGAAUCCUAAAUGGUCUUAAAAAAGGGUUUGUUUUAUUAUGCACAAUAUAAGUAUGUAUUUUCUUUUGAAAUUUUUUGAAAUGCAAUGUGACCCAGAUGUUUUUGUGAGAUUCACCUGCGUGUAUGUGUGUGUGUGUGCGUGAUUCUUUUUAUUUUCUGAAGUUUAAUUUAGAUAAAUGUGUGAUGCCUACUGUGAAAUUUUCCUUGGAGAAUGACCCAUGUGGAAACCUAUAAACAAGUCAAAAAUCUCAUUUCGAUUAUUUGCAUAUAAACCAGUUGAAUGGAAAAGACACAAGGACACACUUUAAGAUCUUUAAUGUGUUUUUAUUAAAAAAACAGAAGCAUUUGGGUUAUUAAAAAAAAUAUAUAUUUUCCAUCAUUCUGCACACAUUAGUUUUGAUACUGGUGGCUUUCAUGCUGUUACAGAUGUCAUGUCACUGUACUGAAUCAUACAUCGGGGAUAUUUAGUGCGAUCAGGGAAUAAAGCACUGAAUGGCAUCUGGUCUAAUAGGA